UUCUGCAUGCUGUGGAUGAAAAUAUGUUGCUCUCUGUUCUGCAUCACAGCCAUCUGGCUUUUAGUCCCUUUUUUUCCAAGGUGGAAAAAUUAAUGGUAUUCAAGUGGAGCUGCUUCUGCCUGGAUUCACAAAAGUGAAGGCGAGGAGAGAGGUGUGCAGUGUUUUAUCUGUCGUCCACCAGAAGAAGAAGAAUACAAAUGAAAAUACAACUUAAAAUUGGCCUUAAGGUCAUUUUAUGGCUUUCGUUUGAGCAAGUGCUGCAAGAAGUGGCUGCAGGCACAAGUCCAAUUUCUCAAAAAACUGGCUCAUCAGUGUCUGAUGCAAACCUGAUGUUUGAGUUCUUGCUGGGCGGGGUGGAGAUCGACCGGGACAACAACAUCGUCCUGCUCGACAAAGAGAUGGCAUCGAUGAGGUCUGGGCGGGCUUUCCUGUCUCAGAUCAAUGACAAUAUUCCCAGAAGUGUGAGCUCCAUGGUGCAGAUGGAGACAGCACUGAAGGCUCAAAGGAGGCUGCUGACUCAGGAUCAGUUUGAUGGUCUUGUCCUGAGCAUGGUGUAUUCUGCCCAGCAGGCCAAGCAUCAGGAGAGAAAAGACUUACAGGAGGCCUGGAGUGAAGUUCUUCUCCAGCUGGCAAAUUUCACAGUUCAUGAGCUACGUGGAAGUUAUCUUUUCAGUUAUGCAUGA